AUGCCUGCGUCAAUUGGUGUUAAUUUACGCGUUACUGGCCACUGUAGCCAAGGCGGGAGAAAGUACAUGGAGGAUUUGUUUUCCGUUGCGUAUCAACAAACUGAGGAUGAAAGGGAUUUAGAGUAUGCAUUUUUUGGCAUAUACGAUGGUCAUGGUGGAGGCGAAGCUGCUGCAUUUGCUAAAGAACAUUUAAUGGAUUCUAUAGUAAAGCAGCGCCAGUUUUGGUCUGACAACGAUGAGGACGUUCUCAAAGCAAUUCGCAAUGGUUACAUGUUGACCCACUUGAACAUGUGGAAAGAAGUAGAAAAGUGGCCUAAAACAGUUACUGGUUUACCUAGUACAGCAGGAACAACAGCUAGUGUUGCAUUCAUACGGCGUGGUAAAAUUUAUAUAGGACAUGUAGGAGACUCAGCUAUAGUACUUGGAUAUCAGAAAGAUGAUUGUGAAAAAUGGGCAGCCAAACCUUUAACAUUGGACCACAAACCUGAAGCCAGUAUUGAGAUUGAAAGAAUCCAAAGAUGUGGUGGAAAAGUUGUAUCAAAAGCUGGAGUACCAAGAGUAGUAUGGAACAGACCAAGACCUGGUCACAAGGGACCUAUAAAGAAAAACACCCCGAUGGAUGAGAUACCAUUCCUUGCUGUGGCAAGGUCAUUGGGUGAUUUGUGGAGUUAUAAUCCACAGAAUGAUGAAUUUAUUGUUAGUCCUGAUCCAGAUGUUGGAGUCUUGACAAUAGAUCCUGCUAAGUUUCGAUGUCUUAUAUUUGGAACUGAUGGUUUAUGGAACAUGAUAUCCCCUGAAGGUGCUGUAAGUUUAGUACAAGCUACCGAGAAACACAAUGAGGCCGCAUUAGUGAACUGCGGGAACCAACCUCGGGAUUGGCUAAAUCCAUCUAAAAGCCUUGUAGAUCAUGCUCUGGAGAGAUGGUCUAACACUAGAAUGAGGGCCGACAAUACUUCUGUUGUGACGUUAAUGUUAGACCCUCCGGGGCCACCUCGCGCCGCCGUUCUUCGUUCCCGGACAGCGGGGCAGAAGCCUCAGUCGCCACUAACACACGCGACACCCUCUCAAACCGUCCCCACAAAACUUGAAGAAAAACCUGAAAAUGGAGAAGGAGAGAGUCCCGCUAAAGUCCCACAAAACGGUCUCACAAUUAUGACGCGCUACUCCGACGUCGACAAACCGGUUAUCUCCACGAAUGACGUCGAGAAAGCCCCGCUACCCCCUUGUGCCACCAUUGACGGAAGGUUUACGGUCCCUCGGGAAGUGUCACACGCUGAAGGCGAGAGCGAUACAAUAAUGAACUACGGUAAUCCGGCUGAGUCAUAUUUCAUGGCGCGUUUGUUAAAUCGAAGUCGCGUAGUGAACACCUUAUCUGAAGUAUAUGACGAAAUAGUAAAAGCUACCCCGAAAGAUCCCUCGGAGACCCGCGAACCCUCCCCGGGACCGACCACGAUACCGGAAGUAAAGACCGAGGAGCGGCCGCCCUCCGGGCCCCGACAAUCGCUACCUCCGGAGGAAACUCCCAACGGGGACGCGCCUGCGGAAGCCGACGACGUCAGUAUACAAAUUAACGAAGUGUCAUCCAGUUCACCCACGGAUGGACCUGCACGAACGCGGGGGCGACGGUUUCGGGAUUUGAAGCGCGAUACCCCUCCCAAUGACCGCGUGCUUCGUUCGCACCACGAGCCCGAGCCCGAGCCGCAGCGGCCGCAGACGCGUCAGGCCGCCACGAGGCUGCGCUCGCCCGCCGCACGGCCCGCGGAGCGAGUGGUUAUCCUCACUCGACGGGAGCGAAGGCCGGCCGCGCCCGAGCCGCCCGACGAGCGUCGAGCCACGCGCUCUAAUACCAAAGUGACGCGUAGCACCAGCGAAGAAGCGCGCGCGACGAGCGUUCCUCCCGCGGCGGGAAACUCCGCGCGCGCCCCGGGGCCGUCGCGGCGGGUCCCGGCGGCGCCCGCCCGCUCGAAGGAGAACCUCGGCGCCCCCCGGCGAGGCCGCGCUCGCGUCGACCGCGCCCCCCCGCCGCGCCCCCCGCGCACUCGACGCGCCGGUGACCACGAGGUGCACUCCACCACGGACGACACUCGACCGCGUGCGCUGCGCUCUCGCAACGAGGCCGAGCCCCCUGGCAAGAGACCGCGCUGCGAAGAAAAGCCGGCGCCGGACAAGUGCGGCCGCGUGCUGGGUAAGCGCGCGUCGGGCCCUUGGGCGCCCUCGCCGGCAUUGCGCAAUCGCCUUCGGCGGAGACUCGUCAAAUAG